GCAAAUGAGGCUUUCCUGCGAGCAUGCAUCAGCAUAGUCGUGCCGUCCGCUCAAGAACGCAUGGAGCUAAUGAGGCGAGUACGCAAAACCCACGCGAGCAGCACACCCCAAGCCUGUAACUCUGAGACGGAGGUGAAGGUCACCCCACAAACGCCAUACAUGGAAGAAUUGGUAGAUGGCGGUCGUUUUCUGGCUGAUCCGGAUGGCCAGAGAAGGUUCAUUGGGAAUGCCUCUGGCGCUGCGUUUUUGGAUCAACUCCGGGAAUUCGCAAGUACUGUCCUGCCGCUCGUCUGUGGAAAGAAUGGUAGUCUUCGCCAUUCGCAGAUCCAAGACUCCUUUUCAAAUCUACUGGGCAGAUAUCAGACUCAUGACUCUCGACCUUUGCAGUUGCCUGUAGUGGACCCAUAUUACUUGCCACCGAUCGAGGAGACCCAGAGAUGCCUGUCCUUGUUGUCCAAGUCCACGGGGGAUAUGGAAGACGUGAGUAUAUUCUACUGGGGCCCCUUGACCGAUACCAUGAGACAGGUCUAUUCCAAAGGUACCGCCAAUACAUACGGUGAAUAUAGUAUUCAAUUAGCAACGCUCAAUGCUGCUCUUGCCCUUGCCGCACAGCAGUCACCCGCUGGAGCACUGGGUUCGGAGACCGGGGACACUUAUUUUGCUCAUGCUCGAUUUCUACUUGGGUCACCACUGGACUCGGCAACUCGCAUGCAUAUUCCUUGUCUUGCCAUGAUGGGCUAUUAUCUUUUGGGUGCGAACAGACGCGAUGCAGCCUACUCUUACAUCCGGCUAGCUGGGCAUAUUGCCGUUACAUAUGGCUAUUAUCAAAGUUGGAUGACGAGCGAAACGGAAAGAAGGGAAUUUUGGACAAUUUAUGCGCUAGACAGAUUUCUGAGCUGCCUCCUGGGACGACCAGCGAUGAUCUCAGAUGAGAAUAUAAGUGUUGACUUCCCUCAAGAUGUGCCAGGUCUUCCAAGAGCUGCAGGGCUGAAACUGCACGUAAAGCUCGCUCGAAUUCUCGGACGUGCCGUUGAGAAGAUCUAUGGAUACGGUGGCCGCGGCUCGAAACACCCUGGCUUAGCCCAUAUAUACCACUUCUUGGAUGAGCUGGAAGAUUGGCGCUCUCAAAUGCACUCCUCUCUUAGUAUCGAUCGUUGCUUGGGACCAGAACCGCCCCGGGACCUUCUUACGCUGCAUAUGGCAUACAAUCAGGUCACGUUCUCAGCCGUUCGGCAGAACGUGGCGCGGAGUUUCCUAGCCAACUCCGCCAAAUUCGAGCCACCGGACCACCAUCUGCUCAAAAUUUGCACAGAAGCGGCGUCUGAAAACGUGAAAUUGACAAACCGGCUCUUCAAAAGUGUGAGCUCGGGGUCCUCAGCGUUUGGGAUGAUCGAUUAUCAUACCGCGUUCAAUGCUGCGAUAAUCCUCGAACUUGGUUUUCUAUGCCGAGACAGCAGUGCUUCGAUGUAUGAUAGGCCGCAGAUCGGCCAUGUCCUCGACGUUCUUCAGCAUGCUGGCUUCAAUGGCAAUGAAUUCGCUCGGGAUUGCUCUACUGUGCUAUCGGACUUUCGUCACCUGUGUGAAAGGUUGAUGCAGGAGAUGUCGCGGAGGAUACCAGCAAACAUCAGCUUUGCGCCGUUGGCAUCGAGUGCUCAAACCUCCGGUAACUUGCCCCCUGGUGCUUUUGAAAUACCGGCUUCCUCGGUUAUGGGCUUUGCACUGGAUGAGUGUCUGAGUCCAGGACUGGAUCUCGACAGAGUCCUGGAAGAAUUCAGCAGCUGGUUGGAGGAAGAGCCUUUUUGA